AAGUUUAAUUUAGUUUAGUUUAAUUAUUUGUCUGACCUGUUUUCUAUACCACGUGAAUCAUGUGCAUUGUUCAAACUGCAUGCCAGUUAUUGUUUAGCUGUCUAUUUUGCGGUCCGACUCGUUCUAGUAACCUAGUUCACCAAUGAUUUCAUUAUUCACCACAAGAUCCAUAAUACAUAACAGAACUUAUGUUUUCAUCGCAUCAAAUGAACUAAUGUUAAUCGUGCGCCCAGGUCCAUUGUUCUAUAAGGGAUUGUAUCAUUUCUUCUAUCAAUACAAUAUAAAUGGAGCCGUCUGGGGUGACAUUGCUUGGGGUCACGCCGUUUCAAAGGAUCUUAUACACUGGUUUCACUUGCCAUUAGCCAUGGUUCAUGACCAGUGGUACGACGCUAACGGCGUCUGGACCGGUUCAGCCACUUUGCUCGAUGAUGGCUCCAUUGUAAUGCUCUACACCGGUUCCACCGACAACUUCGUACAGGUUCAAAAUCUUGCCUAUCCUGAAGAUCCUAGUGACCCACUUUUGUUGAAAUGGACCAAGUUCUCUGGCAACCCUGUUCUUGUACCGCCUCCAGGUAUCGGAGCCAAGGACUUCCGUGACCCAACAACGGCUUGGAAGACAUUGGCUGGAAAAUGGCGGAUUACAAUCGGUUCCAAGGUCAACAGAACCGGAACAUCUCUAGUCUAUGAUACUACCGAUUUUAAAACAUACGAGAAGCUAGAUAACCAGUUGCACCAAGUCCCUGAUACGGGAAUGUGGGAGUGCAUUGACUUUUACCCGGUGUCCAAGACUGAAAUCAACGGGCUUGACACUUCUGUCAAUGGUCCGGAUGUGAAACAUAUCCUGAAGGCUAGCAUGGACGAUACUAGGAUCGACCAUUAUGCCAUUGGGACAUAUUAUGAUUCAAAUGGAACAUGGAUCCCGGAUGAUCCGACUUUCGAUGUUGGGAAAAGUACCAGUUUGAGAUAUGAUUACGGGAAAUUUUAUGCGUCAAAAACGUUUUACGAUCAGAAUAAGAGACGAAGAAUCUUGUGGGGUUGGAUCGGUGAAUCUGACAGUGAAGCUGCUGAUGUACAAAAGGGUUGGUCUUCUGUUCAGAGCAUCCCUAGAACUGUUGUCCUAGACACGAAGACGGGAAAGAACUUAGUCCAGUGGCCAGUUGAAGAAGUCAAAUCUUUGAGACUGAGCAGCAAGAAGUUCGACAUGAAGGUUAAACCAGAGACUGUGGUUCAGGUUGAUGUAAGUUCCACGGCUCAGCUAGACAUAGAGGCUGAGUUCGAGAUCAACAAAGAAGAUCUCAAAAAAAUCACUGGAGAUGAAUCCGUGGAAGCUGAAGAAGAUUUCAGCUGUGAAACAAGUGGAGGUUCAACUGUGAGUGGUGCUUUAGGGCCUUUUGGAUUCUCUGUUCUUACCGAUGAAAGCUUAUCGGAACAAACUACGGUUUAUUUCUAUGUGACUAAGGGGAAAGAUUCUAAACUCAAGACUUUCUUCUGUACUGACACCUUAAGGUCGACAAUGGCAAACGAUGUGGUUAAAUCGGUAUAUGGAAGCUUCGUACCGGUCCUUAAAGAGGAGAAAUUGACUAUGAGAAUCUUGGUGGAUCAUUCGAUAAUAGAAGGGUUCGGACAAGGUGGGAGAACAUGUAUUACGUGAAGAGUAUAUCCGACAGAAGCCAACUAUGGAGCUGCGAAGCUCUUCUUGUUCAACAAUGCGUUUAAUGCUACCAUUACGGCGUCAUUUGAGGUCUGGCAAAUGAACAGUGCUUUUAUUCGUCCUUACUCUGCGGCCGAUUUGGUGCUCCUUCACAAUUCAUCAUGAAAUUUAAAAUGCAUGUUGAUGUUCAUUUUCUUCUAAUUUGGGCAUGGGGUUAGUUAAA